GCCAGGCCUAUUUGAAUGCCUCUGGCCCCUUCAUCAUUGUCAACCUUGGAAAACAUCCACGGUCACUCACACAAAAUUUCUCCAUCAGAAAUCUCAUCUAUCAUGCCUUCCGCGCCAUCUAGGAGACACCAGGAUUUCCAGCCCAUAGUUUCCAAACCAUGCGAACCGACACGGCAACACCCUGACAAACAGCCUCAUCCUUAUAAAUGGCCACCCCGAAAGCUCGCAAGCCGAAAAUGCGAGAAUUGCCGCAAGAGCAAGCAAAAGUGCGUGGCAGAAGGAUCUGGAUGCCGGAGAUGCUCCAAGCUUCAUUGGCCUUGCCCCGGCCUUACAGAGAGAAAACGUUCUCGUCGAACGCCAGUCGGAUCACCUGCCACGCCCUCGUCCGCAGCCACUCCUCAUCAUUCGGAAACACUAGAUGACACUUACGAGGAUGAAUCCGCCUCCGUGGCUCUUGGACUCCUUGCUGUCCAAGGCUCUUGUUCACAUCAACUUGGCACUUCUUGGAAUCGCGACAUCUCAGCAGAUAACAGCUCGCUUUUGGACGAUCAGCCUCGAGAAGGCUCUGCCCAGCAGGAACUCGAGUACGGUAUCAACGCACUUAACCAGGCAUACAUAGAAACAGACGGCAUCGACCUAGGAGGACCACGUCUGUAUUGCGGUAACCUGUCAAUCAGGCCAUUAUUGGGCAGGAUUCUAGUGCCCUGGAAUAUGCCCGAGGAUAAGAUGCACGAGGAUAAGAUGCGCGAGGAAGACCGGCUUUGGAAGUUCCGCUCGAACUUCAACAAGCAGCAUGUACGCCUCAAGCAGGCAGCCCAGAAACCCUCUACAAAACUUGACCCACUUUCCUGGCAGUUACAGAAUCCCAGACAGGCAUGGGCUGCUGCAAUAACGACAAUGCGGCGACUGUCCAGGCUAGAGUCUUCCCCAAAACUCAUGGAUGCCCUCUCCUUCCUGUGUGUCUCUAGAGCUAUGGCAGAGACAGCCGAGCAUGAUCGAGAUGCGUAUAUAUCCGCAUUUUCUCAGGACUUGAAGCAAUGGAGAAAGAUCUUCCCUGAAGUCGAGGAGGUCUCAAUGUUCAUGUGGGAAAUCAAUUUGGACUCUGUCCCUCAAAUUCCUCAAGUCCACACUACAAUACUGCAGCUGCGAGAAUCCGUGGCCGCACUAAUCGUAAAGGCCAAUGCGAUGUUCGGUCUUGGAGAUCGCAGUUUACACAACAAGACAGAUGAACUCGGAGCCUCCUGCCAACGGUGGCCGAGAAACACCGACCAAGCUCCGCCAGCCACGGAACCACCUGACCCCCCGGCAAGAGCAAGAGAAAAGGAACCACCUGUCCGACAGAUCUGCCCGAACACCACCCCCCUAGAAGAGAAAACCCCAAGUCCCCUUUCCAACUUAGUUACACUGGUGACCAGUAUCAUAUUUGCACUCGUCGUCUACUUCAUGCUAGGCUUUGCCCACACCUCAUCGACCACGGUACUGGGAUUCCCCAAUCCAUGGCAGACCCCCAUGUCCCAAGCUGGUACGAGCUCCCAGACUACACCACUUGAGACAUUUCCCAGCCUAAUACCCGCGCCAUCCCUCCAAACAGGCUCGACUAUCUACAACAAGCCAUUUUCAAGCAUAGAAUCAAUCCCUCCUUUACGGGACCUCUCUCAAGAACUCCCUACGGCUACUUACGAUAAUACCCAAGCUCCUGCUCAGGAAUGCUUUCACCAUAACCAGAUUCCACUACCUUCCUCUUCAAAGGGGGACACUACUCGAACAUCCGACUACAAUCUAGGCGACCCUGUUAACCCAAGUUGGCUUGAUAACGCCUUUCCCGAUCCCUUUUCACCAUGGACGUGGGGGUAAUGGCAACAAAGAUACGUGAGAAUGGCGGAGCUGAUCAAUCUCGAGGAGCUGGAAGAGGUAUAAAUACAAGGAAUGACUUGUGCUAAGAGUCAAAGAAAGGGAUUUCGGAGAAGGCAACAAUGCUGGAGCCAGGGAAGCUAGCAGUGCUAGUAUUUGCGGAAGGAGAAACCGCUACAAUAGCCUUCAAUGAAAACUCUCGAACGAUGACUGUGAGCUUGCUUCGUUGCUUAGAUAGCUAGUCUUUCUUCUUUAC